AAGUAUCUUCACGACAGUUUCUUCUUCCAUUCACAACUUCAGAACACCACACACUUCCAGUCUUUUCACUACUUUUCUUGUAAUCUUCUAACUCAAGCGCUGUGCGCAUUCACAUUACUUGCUGGCAAGAUCACUCCUUUUUCCUUUACGACAGGAACCACAAAACAGAUUCGAAAAACAGCACCAAUCACUCUAGCACGAACACCAAGACGAACUCCGCAAAGAUGAUGUCCCGUAACUUUCAACCAUGGGCCAUCCUCCCUGUCCUAGUAGUAGCUACAGCCUUCAUUCUCUCCUUUCUGGUUGUGUACGCGGGCAACAAACCCGGCUAUAUGGAGAGCUACAACAUCUUCACCCUCAACGCCACCCGCUUUGGCCAGAACGCAGUUGAGAAGAUCGACUCCAAGGUCAUGGGACUGAACCUUACCAAAAUCAUCAACAAGCCAGAUGACCUCCCCGUCUCGGUCCUGGCCACAGCCACAAUCACAAACGCACCCCUCGCUGCCAUCACUAUAGCGCCUCGCAACCCAGACGGCCUCGACUCGUUCGUCGAUGAUAUCACAGACGGCAUCGCUUCUGUCAAAAGCAAUGCGGAAGACUCCAUCGGCGGAGCAAUCACAUCCGUUAAAUCAGGUAUCGAAUCCAAAGUCACAGCGGUUGCCUCCGCUGUCGAGUCCAAAGUUGCUUCCGUGGAAGGAAUCGUGGCAUCCAAGAUUUCCUCCGCAAUAGCAUCUGCUCAGACCAUGGUUGUCGACCAGGUCAACGAGACAUACUCCGAUGUCCUUUCCACCUUGGAUCUGCAGGGGUUUUACAGUAUUCAUCUCCGCACCACCUGUUCAGGCGAGUACAAGACUCCACAAGGAAUGAAUAUUACGGUGGGAGGAUCUCCUCUGCCACCAAAUGGAACGCACAAGGUGGUUGAAAGAUGCAGCAAGCACUCCGCCCUGAACCCCCUCACACUGGUGCGAGUUCUUUUCGAGAUUGGAAUCUUCUUCACAGGUCUCUGCUUACUAGCAUCGCUAUGGGCGACUGCAUGCUUCUCGCGCAAGAAAGCCAUCAUCAAUGUCCUCCUCGCCCUCCCAGCUCUCGGCUUCCUAGCACUCGCAGCAUCAGCAACCCACGGAGUCGCCACCGCCGCUCCAGCAGUCCUCAACUUCCUCGGCUCCGAGCUCGGCGUCGAAGCCAAAGCCGGACAGUCCUUCAUCACCCUCGUAUGGGCCACCACCAUUUUACUCCUCAUCCACGCCAGUCUCUGGACAAUUCUCGUCUUCACAGGCGAACAUUUACCCGAGCUUUCCGCGCUGCGCAGACAACAGAGGGAUAUCGUCGACGCACACGAUGUGGACAAAAUGCACGAGUUGAAUACUGUGAAUUCUGCUGCACAGGGUUAUGCGAGAGGUCCGACGGGUCAUUCAGAUGUUGCUGCUUGGGCUGCUGCUGGGAAAGGUUUUCCUCAUGUGAGAAGACUGCAGCAUGCGAGAGGACCUAGUGGUGAGAGUGAGGAGACGACGACGACGACGACGACUGUGGAGAGUGAGAAGGCGAGAAAGUAUGCUAAGAAGAAUUCUUGGUAUGUUCGAGGGAAUAACGUCUAGAGAGGGAGGUAGGUUGGGUAUACCUACCUUUACGGUACCUCUAUACAUGCAUUAGGUUGAUAGCGUUUGUCGUAGCAAUUUGAAAAUUAUUGGCAUUGGAAUCGU